CCCGCCCGGCCGCCCGGCCGGCCCCUCCUUCGCGGAGCUCGCUGCCGUGUACGGGGCUCGGAAGAUGGAGGACUACGGGCGGUUCUUGGUGCUGCUGGUCUCGGCGCUUCUGGUCGGCUUCGUGUCCGUCAUCUUCUCCCUAGUCUGGGUCUUCCACUAUCGCGAAGGGCUGAGCUGGGACGGCAGCGUGAGGGAGUUCAACUGGCACCCCGUCCUCAUCAUCACGGGCUUCGUCUUCAUCCAGGGCAUCGCUAUUAUUGUGUACAGGUUGCCCUGGACCUGGAAGUGUAGCAAAGUCCUAAUGAAGUUCAUACAUGCUGGAUUACAUACCAUAGCUAUGAUUCUCGCAAUUGUUUCUAUGGUAGCCGUGUUUGAAUACCACAAUGCCGGUAACAUUCCUAACAUGUACAGUCUGCACAGCUGGAUCGGGCUGACUGCUGUUAUAUUUUAUUCUCUCCAGCUUUUCUUGGGUUUCGCUGUCUUUCUACUCCCUUUUGCUCCAGUUUCCCUCCGAACAGCAGUUAUGCCAAUACAUGUUUAUUCGGGUCUUACCAUCUUUGCAAUGGUGAUUGCGACAGCUCUCAUGGGAAUCACAGAAAAGCUUAUAUUUUCCUUGCGCAGUAAUCCUGCAUACAGUGAAUCCCCACCAGAGGCAACUUUGGUCAAUUGUCUUGGUGUUUUGCUUGUCAUAUUUGGUAUGUUUAUUUUGUGGAUGGCAAGCAGGCCCUAUUGGAAGCGCCCUCCAGAAGAGAAUGCUAAAGCUCUGCUGACUACUGGAGGGACUCCUGAAGGCACAGAAGCAGAAUCCACAAUGACAGAUGGUGGCAAUGCAGAUAAAUCUGAUCUGAGGAUCAACAGUGAAGCAGCCAGAAAACAAAACCUCAAACUUGAUGAAGCAGGACAACGAUCAACUAUGUAAAGACAAUACACAGAAUAACAGUAUGGUUAUACUGCCAGCCUGCCUCUCCCUCACCACUGUUCCUUUUGGUUUAGUUAUAUUGAUAUAUAAAUAGGUUGGGGUUUUAUUUGCUGUACAGCUUGCUCAAAGGUUGUCAACUUUUCUGCAUAUGAUUUAAAUUCCAGUAAGUCUCAAACAUAUUAUAUAGGCUCAUGCUCAGUCCUCAUUUAAAAAAUGCGAGUUUGAAUGCUAUAAUGGGAGAAUCACAUAACUGGAAAAUGUUCUCCAUAUUAACAAGAUUGAGACUAAAUUUUGUUCUGAGUGAUUUUGCAGGUUAUGAAUCAGAGUCAUGAAGUAUAUUGGACAGAACUUAGUUGCUCACACAUAAUUUUUCUGGUAAUCUUCAUGUUUUGAAAGCCCUGAUUUCUUGAGUUGAUUAACCCCCUUCACCAACUUCUAAGAUUUGAGGUAAUUAAUCAUGUAGCAGAGUGGCACCAUAAAAAUAUUUUGUCUUAUUUGAAAAGAUACAGAUACACACUUAGAAAAAUAGGUAUCACUUAAACCAAGUCUUCCUUUUAUCCCAGAUGGCAGCAUUUUCCUAAAUUUGAUUGCACAGUUCUCUUGAUUUAUGGCACUGGACUAGAAAUUAGGAGCAGAGUAGAAAGCAGAGAAGACUGCUAGCCAUCUCACAGAAGAAAGGAUCUUGAAUUCCUAUAGGAAUUCCUAUAGGAAACUGCUGAACUUUGCUGAUUUGAUUAAGAUGCUACCUGUUGACUAAAAGCCAGUUUUUAUAUCUCCACACUGGUGUCAAAAUCAUCACUGUUAGGGGCACAAAGACAUACUUUAGUUUAUAAGCAAACUAUAUAAACUCUUAUGACUUUUUAAUUUGAAAUUGUUAAAUAAUGCAAUUUGAGCCUCUACUGGCACUUUUAUAGCUCUUCCUAGUAAUCGAAGUAUUAAUGUAUUACAUUCAUUCAUAAUUUUCACAGAUAUAAACAGUGUUUGUAUUUUUUACUACUACAAAAGAAUAAUUAUAGUAGAUUAUUUUGAUUGCACAUGCCCAAAAGGAUGAGCCUUUCUAUUAUAAUCUCUUGUAAAAACUGCAGAGCCCACUGCAAGUCCAAAUUUACCAUUGUUCAUGUUGCAGCCUAGACAGUUUCAGACAGCAUAUAAUUUCCUAUUUUUUUAAACUGCAUAUUUUUUAUCUACUUCAGCUUUUUAAGAUGUUUAAACACAUUCAACUUUAGAAAAUAUGCUAUUUUUGAAGUUCAGUGUUGUAUUAGGACAAUUCUGGUCAUGAGUUCUUUGGAUCUUCUCUAACAAAAAACAUCUAUUAUUUGAUUUGUAAUAACAUUUAAUCAUUUGGUAAAUGCAGUAUAGAAAGCUAGCAUAGUGAAUUACUCGGAAAACUUUUCUGCAGUACCAUUUGGUACUCGAGGACUACAUUCCAGGGUUCUGUGUUUUCACUUACAUAUGUUUGUGGAUGGCUGGGACCCACCUAGCAUUAGUGAAUUGUUUCAAUUAAGAAAAUGUCUGCUUUUAAAUGCCUUAGUGUAAAAUUCAGGUAUAAUAGGAGAAAUACUAAACUAUUGUGUGAGCACAAAUAAUACAAAACUACUCCUACUACCACUAAUAAUAAUACUAAUGAUAAGGGAAAUAACAAAGGGAGAGAAUAUAAAACUAAAGGAGAAAAGGGAAAAAUCAAUAAAUAUAAGUGAUGCACAAUACAAUUGCUCAUCACCUGCUGACCAAUGCCCAGUCCUACCUGAGCAGUGAUCCCAUCCUUCCAGGUACUUCUCACCAGUUUACAUACUGGGCCAGAUGUGCUGUAGUAUGGAAUAUCCCUUUGGCUAGUUUGGGUCAGUGUCCUGUAUCUGCUGCUUCCCAGCUUCUUGUGCCACUCCUCACUGGCAGAGCAUCAGACUGAAAAGGCCUUGAUCUGGGUAUGCAUUACGUAGCAACAACUAAAACAUAGGUGUGUUAUCAGCAUUGUUCUUGGACUAAAGCUGAAACACAGCCCUGCACCAGCUACUAGGAAGGAAAAAAAAACACCUUACAGUUGAAACCAGGACAAGCAUAAAAUCCAAAUAUUACUGAUAGCAGCUUUCUUAAAGAAAAACAAGAGCACUUAUUUUACAUUAUGUUAAUGCUCAACUGACAAGACCUGAUUAGGUUAUGCAUAAUGUUUUACAUCCUAUUACAAAUUUAUAUAUUGAACACUAAGUAGGAAGAGGGAUUUGCAGUAGUUUCUGGAGAACACUAAACUGCACUGUUGUCUUCUGAUCUCAUUAUGUUUUGCUCAACAAGACUGUUUUUUGAGUAAAUCGGUAAGCAUCUUACAGCUGGUGGAUGCAUGUUUUAGUCUUCAUGAAAGGUGCUCUGUUAAUACUUUAGAAGUAUAACAGAUGAAAUGAAUAAAUGAACUAGCUGCUUUAGUAAUUUACUAUGCUAGCUUUCCCUACACACAUAGGCAACAGCAUUCUAAGUUGGUAUGUACUGGCCUGUUACUGUGUCUCGUCCACUUGUGAAAAUGAGCUCUUUCAAUCCUUGCCUAGUACCCAGUGUGUGGAAGGUAGUCACUUAUGUAAGAAUUGUUCUGGAAGAAACUGUCUAGUAUAUUGGGAAAAAAAAUCACAAGAUCUGUGAUUCAUUUUGUUAUGACACUGACUUGGAUGUAUUGAAAUCAACAGCUUUUAGGUGAAUGGUACUAUAUGCUGUUAAAGUUAAGCUACAGCAAACAGUACGUAUUCUGGUUUAUGUUUUAUUCCAUGUACUGUUUAAGGGUAAUGAUACUUGAAAAAGAAUGGUGGCAUUUCUUCAUCUCUCUAUUUUGAUGGUACAAAACUAACUGAAAAUCAAGACUAGGCAACCUUUUGAGAAUAUUCAGCCAGAGUAUAUAUUUGGUUUUCAACUGUGAGGUUAAAAGUGAUAGUAGAAACUCAGUGGGAUCUGGAAGAUUCCAUUCUGGGAAAUUAUCAUCACCAGUGGUAUCUCCUAUGUAUGAACUGUGAGCUUCUACCUGCUUUGGUCUUUGGAAGGUCCCUAUGAGACACAGUAGCUGUGAGUUCCUAAACUUUGC